AUAAUCGAAGUUAAUUUUGUCUAAAAAAACUAACCUUUUUCAUAUGCAUCGAACCUGUACCUGUUAGCAUCACCAAAGAAUCCCAUCUGUAUUCUAGACUAUGUUUUAUUAUUAUUAUCAUUAUUAUUUCAACGAAAAAAGAAAAAAACAGUGAUGACGUGUCCAAGAUCUUCGUUGGGCCUUUUUCUUUUCACCUCCUAACCUUUCUGUUCCUCACAACAACACACACACACAGCGAUCCCUCCCUUAGCUUCAUCAUUCUUCUAUGCACUCUCAUUCAUCUUCCUUCAUCAUCAUCAUCUUCUUCUUCUUCUUCUUCUUCUCUGAAUCCACCAUGUUCAACUACCUUCUCUCCCUCUAAUGAUGGGUCUCUCAGAUCCGUUAUUUGAAUAGUUGCAAAGGAAAUGAUUACGACCAUGCAGAUUCAUUAUAGUUGGUUUGAUUCUGAGGCUAAAAUACGGUUGUUAUCUAACUGUAUAUCCAGUCCCUAUUGCAACUGAUAAGCCGCUUACAAGGAGUUAUCAGCUUGCUGACCCUGGGGAUUUUGGUCUGAGUGAAUAGAUAAGUUGGUCGCAAAUUUGCAAGAUGCCAUAUUAUAUACAGAGACUUUAUAGGCUAUGCAAUGCAUCCUUUUCACCUAAUGGACCUGCGUCUGAAGAGGCCAUCGAGAAAGUUCGUGAGAAGUUAGUAUAGGGUAUUUGUCUUUUUGAAGGAGUCACAGGCUCAAGGUUAAAUUUUGAGGGACAGUACAAAAGAAUCAAACCAUCAGAUGUAGGUCUUGAACAAGAGGCCCAAGUGGUUCGGAAUUGGUCCGGUUCAAUGCUUGAACAUAAUGGGAGCCAUCAAUCUUUGCCACCUAUCAAAUAUUUGCAUUUGCAUGAAUGUGACUCCUUCUCUAUAGGAAUUUUUUGCAUGCCCCCCUCGUCUAUCAUCCCCCUCCAUAAUCAUCCUGGAAUGACAGUAUUGAGCAAGCUGUUAUAUGGCUCGAUGUAUGUUAAAUCCUAUGAUUGGAUUGAUGCACCUGGCUCCAAUGAUCCAUCUGAAGCUAGACCUGCAAAGCUUGUCAAAGAUACUGAGAUGACAGCGCCGAGUCCCACAACGGUUCUCUAUCCCACCAGCGGAGGAAACAUCCAUUGUUUCAGAGCUAUAACUCCUUGUGCAAUCUUUGACAUAUUGUCUCCCCCUUACUCUUCAGACCAUGGCAGACACUGCACUUACUUCCGGAGAUCCCAACGGAAAGACCUUCCGGUUAAUGUUCAGUUGAACGGAGUGACGGUUUCUGAAGUGACUUGGUUGGAAGAGUUUCAACCUCCUGACAACUUUGUGAUCCGGAGAGGGCUGUACAGGGGUCCAGUUAUUAGAACUUGAAAAUUUUCUUGUUUGAUGUGUCUUACUACACCAAAAGGAAAUUGGUUUAUCUUUAGGCUACAACAAAGGGAAUGUGGAAUGUGGAAUAACUAUAUUCUUUGUCUAUGUCCUUUAGGCAUUGGAAUAUGUACAUAAUAAUGCACUAGUGUAAUCUAUUUAUAGACCUCAGCUUAAUCCAUUAGAAUAGUUAACGGUAUGUUGAAAUAGUACUUGUCAGUGGCCAUAUCAAAAUUUGUUUUCGUAGAGAAUAAGAGGGCAUUGUUACUUGGUCAUGCGAGUUCUUGUUA